AUGAUCCGCAUACGUCCCAUCAUACUGCGCAAUGCCUGGCGAGCGAACUCAUCCGCCAGACAAUGGAACCAGUCGCGAUCCACUGCCACGACUCCCAGCCGUAAGCCUGGACGCCCUAGAAGCAAGGACCAUUACUGGAAUGACGAGAAAUUAUCCAUAAACCACAAAUAUCCUUUGAGUGUGGCUGUCGCGGAUAUCAUACACCCCUACAAAGACAAAGAAGUGAAGCCGAAGAGGAAGAAAACGCGGAAUGAAAGCAAACCGGUAGUACAGGGAGGCGUUCACGUUAGAACACAGAUUGUAAGUCCCGACCUAUGCGAUGACGUGCUCAAAUAUGUCAGUCAUACGUUAGACAAGCACAAAGGUUGCGACAUCCUCGACAUCAAUCCUGGCGCUGGGCUCUGGUCGCAGAAGCUGCACGAAUACCUCCAACCGCGAAGCCAUGUGCUCCUCGAACAACGACAUGAGAAGUUCAAGGACUUUCUUGAUCCUCUCCUUACAGCACCCGACUCCAAGUACUCGCUCGUGAACGAAGAUCCACUCGCGUUGCAGACAUACCGAGACUUGGUUACAAACGGCGUCUUCCCACAUCAGACUGUGCUGGAUCCCGACGACCCCCGAGCACAGGAGCCAAAUAAUACACUGUUAGUCACAGGCUCCCUCGUUUGGGAUCUGAGACUCCCCGGUCUCGGUUUCGACUCAAUGGCGAAGCAGCUCGCCUACCAUUUCGCCUCCGCCGCGUGGACAAACGAUCUGUUCCACGCCUUCGGACUAGUGCGUACAUUACUCUGGGUGCAGCACGAUGACUUCAGCCCUAUGAUCGCCGACUCUGUAAGUAGCUUGCAGAAGACGAACCGUCUCAUGGAGAUGUCACAGAGCACGAACGUCUUCGUGGCUCCAGAGCGCGCCCCACGCAGUAAGGGCAGAGGCUCUUCAGGUCGUGACCCGCAAUAUGAGAUAGAAACUACCGUCCACGCUCUGAGGAGAGGGAGAGAGCUCGGCAUAGAGCUUCCACUACACCGGCGCGAUAACAUUCAUGAUUUUGCUGCAGAUGUCGAGCAAAUCUCCAAUGGCACAGGUAUAAUCAGUCAUAAUGAAAUGCAGGAUUACCUCCGCGAGCAACAACUAGCGGGCAAGAGCACCGUUGGCCUACUUCCCCAAGGCCUUAUUGAACAUUACGAAGAGAUGAAAGGCAUUACAGAGAAUUAUCCUGAGAUCGAUCUUAACCCAGUAGAGAUCGCGGGGAAGAGAACGAAAAGAAAAAAGCCACCUGCUGAUCACCCUUACAAGGCCCAAAUAAGCAAGUUUUACAAGGAAAUCGCCUCUACUGCCCUGACACUAAAAAACAAAUCGCUGGUAUCAACUGUUGCAGAUAUAGGGGAAGAAAUGUACAAGCUCGAAUGCAAGAUUCUCGGCAUGCAAGAUGGCCCUAAAAGGGACUCGGCAAUGACCAAGUUAGCCGAACUGGACCAGAAGUGGAAUCAUAGCAUUGAAAGUCAAAACUCAAACUACACAAAGGCAUCCGCAGCGGAAAUCGAUGACCGCCUCGCCAUACGCUCGCUGCCUUCUCCCCUUCUUCAAUGGGACGCCCGUCCUUUUGAGCCCCUCGUGAUGCGCAAAGAUGAGGUCUGGCCCCGGAACCGUCUGUCCCUCAUCUCUGCCGAACCCAUACCCAGACCCGUUGGCGAAUCCUCAGACUUCCACGAAUGGGUGACAGACUUCAUCUUCGGACUCUAUACGCAUCCCCAAGAUGGUGUCAACCAUUGCCUUGACAAAAUGCAGCACGGACUUAGCGAUAUCAUAAACGAGUGCCCCAGCUUGAAAGAUCCGAAGAAAGGUGGUCGGUUGCAAAUGGAACAUCUCAGGGUCCGGAUGCUGACGAAAGAGAUGAUCAUUGAGCUUGUGAAAGCGUACAAGAAUUGGCCGUUCAAGGAACCGGAUAGUGAUCAUAGUCGUUAUUUCAAGAACAAGCAUUCGGGACAUACGAUUAUUGGGUGGGCUUCGCAUGAGCAGGUGAACAAAGCGGAAGUUAACUUGAGAAUAAACAAACUUAAUAGCAACAAUACAGUACCACACUCGAAAGCGUCGAUUGAAGCAUCCGCUAAGAAGACAGUUACGCGUGAUUUCCUAAGUGUGGCCGUUAUUAGUGUCAAGACAGCCUACGAUUCGCAAUGCAAUACCGUAGUUUUGCAGUAA